AGAAACUACAAUUCCCAGGAAGCAUUCGGCAGCCACAAACGGAUGUGAGGUGAGGCGGGAGCGGCGACCUUUGAAGGAAAAAAGGAAGUGUUUGGACGACAGCGAGCGGAAGAAGCGGGGUCAAAGGGAGCACUAUGUCUGCGGAAGUCCCCGAGGCAGCCUCCGCGGAGGAGCAGAAGGAAAUGGAAGAUAAAGUGACUAGUCCAGAGAAAGCAGAAGAAGCAAAAUUAAAAGCAAGAUAUCCUCAUCUGGGACAAAAGCCUGGAGGUUCAGAUUUCUUAAGGAAACGGUUGCAGAAAGGGCAAAAAUAUUUUGAUUCUGGGGAUUACAACAUGGCUAAAGCAAAAAUGAAGAACAAGCAGCUUCCUACUGCAGCUCCGGAUAAGACGGAGGUCACUGGUGACCACAUUCCCACUCCGCAGGACCUUCCUCAACGGAAACCAUCCCUUGUUGCUAGCAAGCUGGCUGGCUGAUUAAAAGGCUGAACUGCAUGGAUCUGCUAAAUCCCAUUAUUUCUCCUUAAUAUGUUACUUAUCUACUUUUUAUUUCCUUUCAUUCACUAGUCAUUUGAGACUGACAGCUUUGCAGGUAGCAGUAGUGUGUGCUGCUAUUGUGGAAUAUACAUGUGUAGAGUUUUUGAUUAGUUUAACAGUGCACUGGUGAAGAGGACAUGUUAGAGCAACUUAAGUAAACUACUUGAAAAUAACUGUAUAUAUUACCUAACUCCUAGUGUAGUACUGGUUCUAACAAGUAACAAGCAAGUUUUAAAAUUUUAAUGUUUUGGCUUUCAUUACUUCAUCUUAAUUAUAGCUUUGUAUGUUACUCUUAUUUAAUAUAGUCUCUAUUGUAUUGAUUUCUUCUGUAUUUACCUUUUGGAUUUUGUAAAACAGAAGUUUAAGACCACAAGUUAGAAGAAAGGUCACAUAUUUCAAACACAACUAGAUGGGGCUCUGAAAGAUUUGUAUCUCUGUGCUUGAACUUGAAUGGCCUUAAACCUGUUUCAGCUUUAACAGUAGAAUUUUACUUGGGCAAUAUUUGCCCAUUCUGGUGUAACUUAUGUGACUCUAGUGCUUAACAGCUGCCGUUGAAGCUAAUAUUCAGUUCUGUAGAGUUAGAAUACCUUUUGUUGUUGAAGAUGUGAAUGAAGUAUGCAUGUGCAUUGACUGUUGAAUUCACUUUUGUGCCAUUUUUGUAAAUACAGUAGUUUUGCACAACCUCUCACAAAUGUCUGUAUUAAUUUCACAUACUUAAAAAGUAGAUAAUGUGCCAACCAGAAGCACAAGAGUUCCUACACAAAACUCUGUAAAUCAUUAUAGCUUUUGUAUAAUAAGAGUAGUUACAAUCUCGGGCUUAUAGAAUACCAAACUGAAAUCUUAGUUCAAUCUGCCAUAGACUUAAGCUUUUCAUUUGUUACUAAUAUCCAUGACAUUCAGUGGCCUUGUGCAAAUACGAUAUGUUGCUUAGGCAUAUCUUUUGUCCUAUGCAGAACCUUUCAUUUUGAUUUUUAUGAAAGUUGCAAUUCAUGUAAUUUAUAUAAACUUUUUAAAUGUAGAAACUUUUUACUUCCACACUCAAUUUUGGAGACCCUAGAGUAAAAGGCUUCAAUACUCU